CCAUUCGUUCAUUUGCUGUCACCCGCUGAAGCCCAGCAAUAAAACUCAUUCUUUCCGUGCGUGGUUUUACAUGCACAUGUUUUUUAAAUUGGAGCCGAAGAUAUUCCGUUUUUAUAUUCGAGUAAAUAGAAUAAAAUUUAAUUUUUAACACAUUAAUCAGAGUCAUACAAAUCGGCAUAGCUACAAUGUUUGUUUUAUACGAAACACCGGCGGGAUACGCUAUUUUUAAGGUACUUGACGAGAGUAAGGUGUCACAAGUGGACAAUUUGUAUCUAGAGUUCGAGACACCCGAGAAGGCAAAUCAAAUCGUCAAACUUAAACACUUCCAAAAGUUCGAAGAUACAACCGAAGCGCUUGCAGCUGCAACAGCAGCGGUCGAAGGAAAACUGUGCAAAACGCUGAAGAAAACGCUAAAGAAAUUGGUCAGCGAAGAUAUCCAAAAUGAAUUGCUCGUGGCCGACGCGAAAUUAGGCAGUGCCAUCAAGGACAAAUUGGAAUUGAAGUGUGUGGCAAAUAGUGGUGUCCAAGAGUUGAUGCGAUGCAUCCGAUCGCAAAGCGAAAGUCUGCUAGCUGGACUACCCAAAAAGGAAAUGACCGCCAUGGCAUUAGGUCUUGCACAUUCACUGUCACGAUACAAACUGAAAUUUUCGCCGGAUAAGAUCGACACAAUGAUAGUGCAAGCGCAGUGCUUACUUGAUGAUCUGGACAAAGAAUUGAACAACUACCUCAUGAGAGCAAGAGAAUGGUACGGAUGGCAUUUCCCCGAACUCGGCAAGAUCAUCACCGACAACAUAGCCUUCAUCAAAACCAUCAAAUUGGUCGGUACACGUGAGAAUAUGGUCAACACCGACUUGUCUGACAUUCUGCCCGAAGAUGUUGAAGAGAAAGUGAAAGAAGCGGCCGAAAUUUCAAUGGGAACCGAAAUCUCCGACGAUGACAUCUUCAACAUACAAAAUUUGUGCGACGAAAUUCUGGCCAUCAACGACUAUCGUGUACAUCUGUCGGACUAUUUGAAGAGUCGUAUGCUGGCUAUGGCACCGAAUUUGACAGUUCUGGUUGGUGAAACCAUUGGAGCACGAUUGAUCGCACAUUCGGGAUCGUUGACAAAUUUAGCCAAGCAUCCAGCUUCGACUGUCCAAAUUUUAGGCGCUGAGAAGGCAUUGUUCCGAGCAUUAAAAACAAAGAAGGACACUCCCAAGUAUGGUCUAAUAUACCAUGCACAGUUGGUCGGACAAGCCAGUCAGAAAAACAAAGGCAAAAUGUCGAGAUCAUUGGCGGCGAAAGCUUCCUUAGCAAUCAGAGUCGAUGCAUUCGGUGAUGAUGGUUCGUUUGAUAUGGGUACCGAACACAAAGUAAAAUUGGAAGCGAGACUGCGAUUGCUCGAAGAAGGAAAUCUGCGACGAAUUUCGGGCACGGCAAAAGCCAAAUCGAAAUUCGAGAAGUAUCACGUCAAAACCGAAGUCAAACCGUAUCCCACAGAAGCGGACAGCACAUUGCCGUCGACGAGCAAGAAGCGCAAACAUUCGGAAAUCGAGACGCCGAAAAAAUUAAUUGAAGAAUUGCCCGACGCAGACACAGAACCGAAAAGCGAAAAGAAGAAGAAGAAAAUAAAGAAAGAGAAGGAUCCCGAGGACGAUGCAGAGACGCCAAUGAAAAAGAUAAAAACUGAGGAAGCAGAGGAAGUCACAUCUGAGAAAAAGAAGAAGAAAAAGAAGGAUUGGGACGCCGAAGAGGCUGGUCCUUCGGAAGCCGUAGCUACACCUUCGUCAGAGAAGAAGAAAAAGAGACAGCAUCAACCCGCAGAAGAAGAAGAAGAAGCUGCACCCGCUGAUGUCAGUAUGCCCACAUCGGAGAAAAAGAAAAAGAAGAAAAAGAAAACGGCCGAUGAGGACAACUAAAAUUAUGUUAAAAUUUUGCUCGAAAAUAAAAAGAAAAGUUUUAUUUUACCUAAGUCA